CUGAACUUACUGAGCACAUGAGAGCAGCCUCUGUUGACAGAAGCAGUCUGAGAUAAAGGUAGAAAAUGUUGUGACAGACUCCUGACCUGCAGACCUCAGUGGUCAGACCGAGGGGAGGACUCUGCUCAGCCUUCACUUCGCCUGCUCCCCUUUUUUCUGUGCCUUCACCGAGUUGCCUCACAGCUGGAAACAUGUCGUCCGUCUCUCUGCCUCCACCAGAAUGUCUGCAGAAACCGUUGUCGGUUCCUCAUCGUCACAUGUUUGGACCGGGGCCUUCAAACGUUCCUCCACGGAUCCUGGAGGCCGGGGCCAAUCCUGUCAUUGGACACAUGCAUCCAGAGAUAUUUGAGAUAAUGAGUGACAUCAAAAGUGGAGUCCAGUACAUGUUCCAGACUCAGAACAACGUGACUUUAGCUGUGAGCGGCACCGGACACACUGCGAUGGAGUGUGCCAUCUUUAACUCGGUGGAGGCCGGGGAGAGCGUGCUGUCUGCAGUCAACGGCAUCUGGGGAGAGAGAGCGGCGGACAUGGCUGAAAGGAUAGGUGCCAGAGUGAAUACAAUUGUGGCGCCCCCUGGUGGUUUCUUCUCCAAUGCAGAGAUAGAGCAGGCCUUAUCAAAACACAGACCAGCCGUGUUCUUCCUCGCUCAUGGAGAGUCCUCUACGGGAGUCCUGCAUCCUUUAGACGGUAUCGGACAGCUGUGCCAUAAAUAUAACUGCUUGUUUCUUGUUGACUCUGUGGCUUCGAUUGGUGGAGCUCCUCUCUGCAUGGAUGAGCAAGAGAUUGACAUCCUGUACACAGGCUCCCAAAAAGUUCUGAAUGCUCCCCCGGGUACAGCACCCAUCUCGUUCAGUGACAGAGCAUGCCAGAAGAUAUUUAACCGGAGGACAAAGCCUGUGUCGUUCUUCUUGGAUUUAAGUUGGCUUGCUAACUACUGGGGAUGUGAUGGCAAGCCUGCCAGAGUAUAUCACCACACAGGUCCUGUCACUGCUUUCUACACUCUGAGGGAGAGCCUGGCUGUCCUUUGUGAGGAGGGUCUGAAGAAUUCAUGGGAAAGGCAUCAAAAAGUGGCGGAGUACUUCCACGCAGGCCUGGAGAGCAUGGGUCUGAAACUCUUUGUCAAAGAAAAGAAAGCAAGACUGCCUACAGUAACCACGAUAGUUGCCCCUCAUGGUUACGACUGGAAGGAGAUCACAUCAUACAUCAUGAAAACACAUAACUUAGAGAUUUCUGGAGGGCUUGGACCAUCAGUUGGCCUGGUGCUACGUGUGGGGCUGAUGGGAUGUAACAGCAGCAUGGCUAACGUUGACAUGGUGUUGGGGGCUCUGAAAGACGCUCUGAAACACUGCCAUAAGAGCAAAGUGUGACAUGUAACAUGCUGGAAAGGUUACCCUGAAUUAAUGCUACUUUUAAAAGGAAAAAAGCUGUGUGUAAUGAUAAAUAUCAUUUUAAGUUCUCAUUUAGUGAAGCCAUUUUUUCUGUUGUAUGUUGGAGCUGCAGGUGUUGAAUGAUGAU